AUGGUGCCGGGGUUUUUGUCACGUUUGAUUAUACUAACUGCUGGAACAUUGUACCCUGCCUACAGAAGCUAUAAGGCAGUUCGUUCUAGAGACGUAAGAGAGUAUGUGAAAUGGAUGAUGUAUUGGAUUGUAUUUGCUUUAUUUUGCGUCAUAGAGACGUUUGCUGAUAUAUUUAUCUCUUUCUGGCUACCGUUCUAUUACGAAUUCAAAAUUGUCUUCGUUCUUUGGCUUUUGAGUCCAUGGACAAAAGGGGCAUCUAUUUUGUACAGGAAGUGGGUUCACCCGACAUUAUCGCGCCACGAGAAAGAUAUAGAUACAAUGUUGGAACAGGCGAAAUCUGAGAGUUAUAAUCGGGUGUUGCGCUUAGGAAGUCGGGGUUUACUUUGUGCUCGUGAAAUAAUUGCUACUGCUGCGCUAAGAGGUCAAGCACAGCUAGUUCAACAGCUUCAACGGUCGUAUAGUACCAGCGACAUUCCAACCAUCACUGCUUCUACUCAAAAAACACAUGAGCCAAAAAUCCAAGAAGUUGACGAUGAAUUCAUUGAGAGGGACACUUCCGUAGAAGAUGAUGAUUUAAGUGAAGAGGUAUGUGAUUUUGUUAUAUAUCUGGUUGCCACUCAUUAG